AUGAACAUUAUUGUACUGUGUAGUAUUUUUGCGCUUUUAUUAUCCUAUUUGUUCACCAUAAUAUCUAUAUUAACUUCUACAAUCGCCCUAUUAACUCCACAAUGGCAAAUAGUGACAAUCUCGGAAUUUCAUACUGAACAUCAGCAUGGCCUUUGGAUGGAUUGUAUCCUUGGAAAGAAGCAUAUACAAGGUACGUCUGAAAGGAGUCUUCACUGUACAUACAAAUUUGAAAAUGCUCAGAAAAACGAUUUACAAAAUGAUGAAGAUAAUGAAGAGCAGCAUAAACUUCAUAACUGGCAUAAAGCCGUUCUAUUCUUAUUACUUCUGGCGCUAUUGGCAGCUCUUAUUAUGUGUUGCUUUUUGAUGUGUGCAUUAUAUUUUCGUAUUGCAGCUCUUGUUUCAUGCACAUUAUCAUUAUUUGCAACGAUCUUGUCGAGUGUUGGCAUAGUUGUAUUCUUUAUUAAUUCACAUAAAGUUGAAAUUCGAUUUGUGCAAGGUAUCACUCGAACAUAUGAGCAAAGGUGUGGCUAUUCUUUCUAUUUGGCGCUUUCUUCCUGCGUCACUUUUCUAGCAGCAUUCCUCUGUUCAGUAUUUUGUACGGUAAUGGUAUUUUUACAUGAUCGGAAUCGACGAGAACCACCGAAAACAUAUCCAUUAAUCAAUAGUGCCGUGUAG